AUGAGUAACAUCCUUUCCUGGAAUGUGCGGGGGGUGGGUAAUGCUCAAACUACCCAUUUUCUGAAAAGGCUAACCAAGAAACACAAUAUUGUAAUUCUUUUGUUCCAGGAGCCAAUGAUUAGAGACUCCCGUCGCACUAGGGUGGCUUCAAGGUUGGACUUCUCCAACCACAUCGCUGAUGAGACUGGGGGCAGCAGGAUUUGGAUUUUGGGUAAGGAUAAUGUCCAAAUGCAGAUAAUCAGGGCCAACAAUCAAAGUAUCACUAUUACAAUCAAUUCGCCGAUUUUUCCCCUCCCCAUCACCAUUACAACUGUCUAUGCUAGUUGUAGUAGGGAUCACAGAAAACAUCUUUGGGAUGAGCUAAGAGCAAUCUUUAAAAUGACUACGGGCCCUUGGCUAAUUAGCGGUGACUUCAACACCACAAUUAGCCCAAAUGAUCGUAUUGGUGGCACUCCUCAGAUGACAGGAGCAAUGACAGACUUCCAGGAUGCUAUCAAUGACACAGGGCUGCUCGAUGCUGGGUACCAUGGUCCUCCAUUUACUUGGUGUAACAAUAGAGCCAGUAGGAGCCGAAGAUGGGCUAGGUUGGACCGUAUGCUCGUAAAUGCAGAUUGGUUGGCGACUCUCCCUAACUUCUAA